AUGCAGCAACAACAGACACUGCCCAUACAGUCACAACAGACACUACACAUGCAUCCACAACAAAUACUACGCAUGAAGCAACAACAGACACUAUUAAUGCAACUACAACAGACACUACACAUGCAGCCACAACAGACAUUACCCAUUCAGCAACAACCAACACUACCUAUACAGUCACAACAGACAGUACGCAUGCAGCAACAACAGGCACUACCCAUACAAUCACAACAGACACUACACAUGCAGCCACAGCACACACUACAGAUGCACCCACAACAGGCACUACACAUGCAGCCACAACAGAUGCUACCCAUGAAGCAGCAACAGCCACUACACCUGUCAACAACAGACACUACCCACAUAGUCACAACAGACACUACCCAUGCAGACAAAAUAGACAUUUCACAUGCAGCCACAACAGGCACCACACAAGCACCCACAGCAGACACUACAUAUACAGCAACGACAGACACUACACAGGCAGUCACAACGGGCACUACUCAUGAACCAAAAACAGACACUACACAUGCACCCACAACAGACACUACACAUACACCCACAACAGGCACCACACAUGCGCCCACUACAAGCACAACAACAGCAUUACCAACAACAACAUACAUUACAGCAACAACAUACAUUACCAAUGCAACUGAAACAGACACUAUAUAUGCAACCACAACUGACAUUACGCAUGUUACCACAACAGACACUACACUUGUAGCAACAACAGACACUACUAAUGCAACUACAACGGGCACUACACAUGCAGCCACAAUAGACACUACACAUGCAGCCACAACUGACAUUACACAUGCAGCCGCAACAGACACUGUCCAUGCAGCAACAACAGACACUACCAAUGCAACUGCAACAGACACUACACAUGCAGCAGCAACAGACGCUACACAUGCCGCCACGACAGACACUACAUAUUCAGCCACAACUGACAUUACUUAUCCAGAAACUACGCAUGCAGCUACAACUGACAUAACGCGUUCAGGCACUACACAUGCAGCCACAACAGGCACUACCCAUGAAGCAGCAACAGACACUGCCCAUACAGUCACAGCAGACACUACGCAUGCAGACACAGCAUACACUGCACAUGCAGCCACAACAGGCACUACCCCUGAAGCAACAAAAGAAACUACACAUGCAGCUACAGCAGGCACUACGCAUGCAGCUGCAACAGACACUACACAUACAGCGACAACUGAUACAACUUAUCCAGGCACUACACAUGCAGUCACAACUGACACUAUGCAUAUAGACACUACAUAUGCAGCUACAAUUGUCACUUCUUAUCCAGACACUACACAUGCAGCCAUAACAGACACUACACAUGCAGCAACAGCUGACACUACCAAUGCAACUGAAACAUACACUACACAUGUAGCCACAAGUGACAUUGAACAUGUAGCCACAACAGAGACUACACAUGUGGCAACAAUCGACACUAUAAAUGAAGCAACAACAGACACUAUUAAUGCAGCUACAACAUACACUACACAUGCAGCCACAACAGACACUAUGCAUGCAGCUACAACAGACACUACGCAUGCAGCCGCAACAGACACUACGCAUGCCGUCCCAACUGAUACAACUCAUCCAGACACUACACCUGCAGCUACAACUGUCACUAUGCAUUCAGACACUACACAUGCAGCCACAAUUCAUACAGCUUAUCCAGACACUACACUUGCAGCCACAACUGACACUAAGCAUUCAGACACUACACAUGCAGCUACAACAAACACUACACACGUAGUUGCAACAGAUACUACACAUGCCGCUGCAACAGACACUACACAUGCAGCAGCAACAUACACUACAAAUGCAACUGAAACAGAUACUUCACAUGCAGCCACAACUGACAUUACGCAUGUAGCCACGACAGAUACCAUACAUGUUGGAACAACCGACACUACACAUGUAGGAACAACAGACACUAUUAAUGCAACUACAACAGGCACUACACAUGCAGCCAUAAGAGACACUAUGCAUGCAGCUACAACAGAUACUACGUAUGCAGCCGCAACAGACACUACACAUGCAGCCACAACUGGCACUACGCACCCAGAGACUAUGCAUUCAGCUACAACAGACAUUUCUUAUCCAGACACUACACAUGCAGCCGUAAUAGACACUACACAUGCAGCUACAACUGACACUUCUUAUCCAGACACUUCACAUGCAGUCACAACAGAUUCUACACAUGAAGUUACAACAGACACUACACAUGCAGCCACAACAGGCACUACACAUGUAGCCGCAACAGACACUACACAUGCACCAACAACAGGCACUACACACGCAGCCACAACAGACACUUUACAUGUAGCAACAACAGACACCACACAUGCAGCUAUAGCAGACACUACUCAUGCAGCCACAACAGACACUACACAUGCUUCCACAACAGGCAUUGCCCAUGCAGCAACAACAGACACUACCAAUACAGUCACAACAGACACUACGCAUGCAGCAACAACAGACACUGCCCAUACAGUCACAACAGACACUACACAUGCAUCCACAACAGAUACUACGCAUGAAGCAACAACAGACACUAUUAAUGCAACUACAACAGACACUACGCAUGCAGCCACAACAGACAUUACCCAUUCAGCAACAACAGACACUACCUAUACAGUCACAACAGACAGUACGCAUGCAGCAACAACAGGCACUACCCAUACAAUCACAACAGACACUACACAUGCAGCCACAGCAGACACUACAGAUGCACCCAUAACAGGCACUACACAUGCAGCCACAACAGAUGCUACCCAUGAAGAAGCAACAGCCACUACACCUGUAGCUACAACAGACGCUAUACAUGCAGCCACAACAGACGCUACACACGCGCCUAUAACAGACAUUACCCAUUCAGCAACAACAGACACUACCCACACAGUCACAACAGACACUACCCAUGCAGACACAAUAGACAUUUCACAUGCAGCCACAACAGACACCACACAAGCACCCACAGCAGACACUACAUAUACAGCAACGACAGACACUACACAGGCAGUCACAACAGGCACUACUCAUGAACCAAAAACAAACACUACACAUGCACCCACAACAGGCACUACACAUACACCCACAGCAGACACCACACAUGCUCCCACAACAGGCACUACUCAUGCAGCAACAACAAAAACUACACAUGCACCCACAACAGACACUUCACAUACAGCAACGACAGACACUACACAGGCAGCUACAAAAGACAUUACUCAUGCAACAACGACAGACAUUACACCUGCACCCACAACAGACACUUCACAUACAGCAACGACAGACACUACACAGGCAGCUACAAAAGACAUUGCACAUGCAGCAACGACAGACACUACACAUGCACCCACAACAGACACCACCCAUGCAGUCACAACAGACACUGCACAUGCAGCAACAACAGAUACUACGCAUCCAGACACUACACCUGCCACCACAACAGACACUACCCAUGCAGCAACAAUAGACACUACACAUUCACAAGAGAUCACCUCAGGAAGUACCUCGUUGGUGAGCACGACCUCCGGGACGACAGAAUCGUUCUACACCGUCUCACCCAUGAGCUCUACGUCAGAACGGACAACAACUCCGCCGGAUGAGUUCACCUGCAGGUGGGACAAUAUGACUGCGAGCAGCAGUGGAAUCAUGCUGCGGGACCCGUCACGCUGCCUGCACGUAGAGUGCUGGCACACCAUGUACGGUGCCUUCAUCGACGUCACAAUCGUCCAUGAAGCAAGGGGAUGUUGCGAGCUACAAAAUAACGAAAUGGUGCCAACUGGAUACGUCACAAGCACAAAAGGAGGCAGGAAGAAGCGCUGUAUCUUCGGCAAAUGGCACACUCAAUAUCUCGAUGCUGCAAAAGGCAUGAAUGCGAGCCAGGCGUUAUCAUUCAAGAACAAGACAUACCACUUCUUCCCGAGGAUGACUCCGAUCGAUGAGGCCUUGGAAAUAUGCGAGAAGAUCAACGGCACACUGGCGGUGCCGGACAACCGCGAGCAGGAGCUCGAGCUGGGGGAGCUGGGAGCCGAGGGCUUUGGUGGACAAGCAACGUUUUACGUUAACCAGGACAAGAUUCAACAGCAUGUUCUGAACCUAGAUGACCAAGGGGGUCAACAUAACUACAUCGUAUACCCACACGAUACAAGGAAAAUGAUGCAAAUUAAUUUGAACAAGCCAGAAAGUGACUAUGCUAUCCGAUCAUCUGAUGAGGACAUAGAGCGACUAAGUGUGCCAAUAUGCGAGGAUGGCGGUGCUGACGAAACUAUUCCAGAAUACUUUACCAAUCUGGUGAGCAUCGGAACUCUCAGCGAACAAGGCUUACCCAAGGAGGCUGCCUACUGGGCGAUGCGUCAUGACAAGGACGCCAAAACGCUGGCCAGAAUGCAGGAAUGGCGUCUGCCACCGGUGCCGCGUAAAUUCCAAGAAGGACAUACCAACAUCGGCAAGGAACUUAGUCGCUGGGGGCAAAUUCAUCGGGAUAUCACUGAAGCCUUCAAGCAAAGGAAAGCUUUUAGAGAUCCCCUUCCCAUAUACAAAGCAAAUUAUUUUAACGUAAAAUGAUUUGAUGUUGCUAUGAUUCUUGCCCUUUAUGAACACGACGUGCAUGUUGAAAUGCCGGAAGGUCUAUCCAUCACUGCUCCUGUACAAAACGUCAUUAGUCAUUUGUCGUCGGACAUACAUAAACUUUUACUCAGUCGCAA